AUGAUAUUCAAAGUAUUCAAUAUAUGGGUAUGGACAGUAUUAAAUCUCAUUACUUUUGGUUCAACGAGCAUUUAUUUUAUUGCUCCCUUAUUAAAGAAAAAAAUCAACAUUCCAUGGCUUUUUGACAGCACUGUAACUGUAAAUCCGAAUGUAAUGUUCUCAAAAGUAUGGCCAUUCCUUAUUUUAUUCAUUUUGACAGCAAUUCAAAGAUAUUAUUACCGACCACCACCUCAGAUUGUUAUAAAGUUCUCAAGAACUAUAGGAGUGUUUCUAUCUCUUUGUUUUUCUUGUGUUUAUAUUGAUAAUUCCAUUUUUACAGUUUUAUAUCAAUUAUUAAUUGUUGCAAAUCUCUUUUUAUAUCAUUGGAAUUACAUUUUAAUUGUUAUUAAUACGAUAAUAUCUGCAUCUCAGAUAGUAGUUAUUGCUACAUUUGGUUAUCCAGAAAUCAAAUCAAUUGUUACACACAAAGCUUUCUUUUUCAAGUUCUUUGGUAUUAGUGAACAUCCUGAUAUAACAAGGCAUCAAAUGAUUCCUAUAAUUAUUCUUAUUUUGUAUAUAUUUUUCGGAUCAAUAGCAAGGAAAUAUGAUGUUGAUGAAAAUCACGAAUUGAUGACAUUUCUAAUUGAAAAUCUAUGGGCAAUUGUCUUGAAAUUCUCAUUUUAUUUCUUUUGGUCUGCAAUCUUUUUAGUUGUUAUUGUUUCAAAAGGUGUUUCUAUUGUAGGAGCAGUUAUGUUAAUAGUUCUAGGUAUUAUAAAGGUAACAGGACAUUCAGCAAAGAAAUCAGGUGUUUUCUUAUAUGUUAUUUUCAUGUUGGAUGUUUUGUUUGUUACAACAGUUGCAAGUGUAAAUGUUCCUUCAAAAGUUACAAAAAUUGUAAAUUUGAUUGGACCUUUAUGUGAUACACCACUUGCAAAACUUGCUAAUGUUUUAGUUUGUUUGUGUGCUUUUCUUAAUAUGAGUCAUUUCGAUGCGAAACAGAUUAAUCCUAUAAUUACUUAUGUUGGAAAUUGUUUAGCUUCUAUUUUGAUUUCUGGGGUUGAAUUUACUUUAGUUAUUAUGGCUAUUCAAGAAAAUAACAUCUUGAACUUGUUUGGAAUUAUUGUAGUUUUUAUUAUCUUAGUUCAUCCGAAAGUUUCUUUGUUGGAAGCAAGAAUUAUUACGAUUAUUCUUAAUCUUGUUUUGGGAUAUGUUUUAGCAUUUAUUAUUAUCAAAUUCAAAGGAAAGAAUGAAUGGUAUGAUUAUUUCCUUUUAACUAAUGUGAAAAUGAUUGAAAUAUUUUAUAUUUUCUUGACAAUGAUUGUAUUCUCUCUUUUCUGUGAGUUCGGAAGAGUUGAUGCUGCUGUUGGAAGAUCUUUCUUAACAACUUACUUCCCAACAAUUGUUUCUGUUGCAACAACAGUCAUUUCUUUUUACGCACAUACUUAUUUGACAUUUAUUCAUACUUGUUUAUUGUUAAUCAAUCAAGGAUUUAAUUAUUAUAACUCUCGUUUCCAUCCAAAAUCAUUUAAUGUUGUUAUUUGGUACGCAUAUAUUAUUUUGCUUGUGAAAGCAUUAAGACCUUUGAGAUUUAUUCCUCAAACAGAAACAACUUUCGAUAAAGCGUUUGGAACAAUCAAAGUUGAUAAUCUUAAUUGGUGUGUUUGUUUCUGGCUUGAAUUCUUAUUGAGAAGCUGCUUAAAUUCACCGAUGUAUCGAAUGAUUCACGAAAAAGAACUGAAAAGAGCAGAAUUUAGAAGAAAUAGAACAAAAAUUAUUGAAGAAAUGAUCGAAAUCGAUCAAAAAUUUGCUGAUUUAUAUUUCAAACACACUUUGAAAAUCUUAGAAGAAGGAGUUGUCAAUUUAAACAUUACAGAAGACAUACAAAAUACUCAUUCCGUUGAAGACAUUAAGCAAACAAUUAUAGAUAAAGAACCAUCACUUCCAAAAUACAAACUAAUUACAAAUGACGGAAAUCCUGAUGCUCCUCCUAUCUCUCCUGUAAAAUUAUUAUAUCAUUCGAUCAUAGGAUGGGUUUUGAGGCUUCUAAGAUGGUUUUUUUUAUGGCUUGUUGACAGUUUGAUUGAAUUAGGUUCGAAUUUUACAGAUAUUAAUUUAGAACCAGGAGUCCACACUGAUUUUCUUUUGAAAGUUAGAGACAUGAUGACUGAAAUGGUUGAUAAAUUUUCAAACUCAAACGUUUUAGCAAUUCCUCAAAAUUAUGUUGAUUUUUCGAAGCAGCUUCCUUUAUCAUAUCUUAAUCAUUUCCAAAUAUUCCAUAGUCUUGAUUUGUUAUCUAUAACUGAGAAAACAAGGUUCCCUUUAUUAUAUCAUUAUCUCAAAGUGUGUUCAAGACAAGCAAUUCCUGCUCUUUUACUUGCUUUGUGUUUUUAUUAUCCUUUAGUAGAAAGAUCAGUUUUUGCAUUGAUUCUUUUCUUCUUAGCUUUGUUUUGUGUUUCAUUUAACAUUGAAUCUUAUAUUCCUUUUGUUAUAACAUCAGGCUUUUACAUGUUUCUCAGAUGCAUAUUAAGAAGUUAUGGAAUGAAACCAUUAGUACAAACAUUUAUUAAUUCUCUAGAAGAAACGCACAGAAAAUUAAAAGUUUCUGUUUGUUUCGGUUUGAAUUUAUCUGUUGGUGAAAAAAUAUAUCUUUUAAUUGUUUUAUGUUUGUCAUGCGCAAGUCAAACAUAUUCAUUUACUCACCCAUUCCAAAUUAGAAGACCAAAGCAACAUCCUAUUGAAGAACCACAAACAAACCAGAUGCCAAAACUUGGUUUAAGUGAAAAACUUUUGAGUAGAAUUAAUAUGAAAUCAUUUAUUAAAUACGCGUUUAACAAGAUUGCGCUUCUUAUUGAUGUCAUUGCAUUCGUCAUUGCUUUGUUCUUUUAUAUGUCAUGGACAAGAUCUUCUGAUGCAAAUUCAUUUAUUCAUGGAUCUUCAUCAGUUACAUAUGACUUUGUUUUCUUUUUGAUGGGUAAUUUCAUAUUUAUUUUACUCAAUCAAUGGGUAAUUCUUUCGAAACAUAAGUUAUGGCUUUUCAUAUAUAACUUUUUAUAUUCUGUUUUUACUUUUAUUUACAUGACUUAUUUAAUUCCUGUUUUUACAGAUAACGGAUGUUUUGAACAUGCAUCGUAUUGGACUUUCUAUUUCUUAAGAAUUCUUUCUGUUAUUGUUUAUUCUUGCAAUUUAAUGUUUGGUUUUGCAAGAAUGCCUCCAUCUCUUGGAAAUCCAAAUCCUUUGUUCACUUAUAUUAAGUUGUUGACAAUUUCAAAAGUUCCUUUCCUAUUCGAAUUCAUACAAUUGACAAAGUGGCUUGCAUGUACAACAUCUCUAAAUAUGUUUGAUUUCAUGAUCAUUGGACAAUUGAGAUCAAAACUUUGCAAACAAGUGGCUUUGCUCAAACUAUUUCCUGCAAAUUCGAGGAAGAAAUCACAUGUUUUAGGUAUUCUUUUUAUGAUUGCUAUGUUUUGUCUUCUUUUUGCUCCUUUCAUUGUAAUGAUGUCUUCAAGUACAACAUCAAUUACAAACAAUGUACAAGUUGCAUCAGUAUCUCUAGGAAUAUAUGGAUUACCAGAACUGUUUACUGGUACUGUUCUUCCUAAUGAAGAUUCUUUCAUAACUAAUUCAAUGCAAAAGAAGAUAAUGGCAAUGAAUGACCAAAAAUUAGAUCCUUUCUUCGCAAAUUCUAAACGAGAAUCUCAAUAUUUUAAUUAUCCGGGUAUUACAAUGACUAACUGGAUCAUUUCAGAAUCAAGUGCCAGAUUUGCAAUGUAUACAAUCAAGAAUACAACAAAUCCUAUUUUUAUCCCUUAUGUGACAUUUAAAUUCACUGUACAAACUCCAACAACGAAGAAAAACAUUGACCAAAUAACAAUAACUAAGAAUGGAAAACAACUCAGUGAAAAAGAUCUCGAAACACUUUACAAAGCACUAGAAUGUACUGUUACAUCUACUUCUCCUCAAGAAAACUUAACUUUUUAUUUAGAUUCGUUGGUUCCUGUUUUCUUCAUUAUUCCUUUAUCAGCAGAUGCAACAGCCGUAUCAGGAUACACCUUUAAUGUGACAUUUAGUUUCCAGCAGAGUUACAGUGGUAACUACUACUGGUCCAUCAAUGCGAUGAGAAAUGAAAACUUACCUGAUGAUAUUAAAGAAGGUCCUAUUUCUUCUAUAGUUUUCUCUAAGCCAACUUAUGACGAAACUAUUGGAUCUAUCUUGUCUAAAACAGGAGGAGGAUUCUAUGGAAUGCUCCUUUUCGUGAUCAUGACUUGCGGAAAGUUCAUAAGAUCUUUUAUUAACUCGUUCUUUUCUGAUUUAUGGAUUGAUAAAAUGGGAAAGCCACAGAUUUUCUUGAAUGUUAUUCUUGCAAUAGAAGCACAUAGAAAAGAAGGUGAUUUAACUUCGGAAUAUGCUACAGCAAUGAUGCUUCUAAAUACCAUUAGAUCGGUCCAUAAUUUAGUACGAAUUGGAGGAACUGUUCCUAUCAAUGAAGGUGAGAGAGUUAACUAUCUAUUAUAA